CGACAGCAGAGCUGCAGUCGAGACAAGUUUCUCUGUUUCAAGAAAGUUUCAACUGAAUCCAGCAGGUUUUUCUCAACAACAUCAGCAUAAUCUGUGCCAAACACUGAGUGUAGAUAUGUCUGCUGCUUCCAGCUGUCUGCUGACUGAAGAUCAGUUUCUGUGCUCCAUCUGUCUGGAUGUGUUCACUGAUCCAGUCACCAUACCAUGUGGACACAACUUCUGCAAAACCUGCAUCACUGAACACUGGGAUAAAAAUGUCCAGUGUCAGUGUCCCAACUGCAAAGAGGUUUUUGAUUCAAGAUCUCAACUGCGGGUCAAUACUUUAAUCUCUGAGAUGGCUGCUCAGUUCAGACAGUCAGCUCAACAGAAAGCCAGCAGCAGCUCAGAGCAACAAGUUUCUAAACCAGGAGAAGUUCCCUGUGACGUCUGCACUGGAACCAAACUGAAGGCCCUGAAGUCCUGCCUGGUGUGUCUCGUCUCCUACUGUGAGACUCACCUGGAGCCUCAUCUCACAAUGUCAGGCCUGAAAAGACAUCAGCUGAUCGACCCUGUGGAGAACCUGGAAGGCAGGAUGUGUAUGGAGCACGAUAAACUGCUGGAGCUCUUCUGUAAGACCGACCAGACGUGUGUCUGCAUGCUCUGCACCAUUUCAGCCCACAUGACACACAAUGUUGUUCCCCUGAAAGAAGGAUACGAAGGAAAGAAGGCCGAGCUUGAGGGUGAAAUUCAGCAGAUGAUCCAGAAGAGACGACUGAAGAUUGAGGAGAUCAAACACUCAGUGGAGCUCAGUAAGGAAGAUGCAGACAGAGAGACAGCAGAUGGUGUUCAGGUCUUCACCGCUCUGAAGGAGUCUGUUGAGAGAAGCCAGGCCGAGCUCAUCGACACCAUCAAAGAGAAGCAGAGAAAGACAGAGAAACAGGCUGAAGGCUUCAUCAAAGAGCUGGAACAGGAAAUCUCUGAGCUGAAGAAGAGAAGCACUGAGGUGGAGCAGCUCUCACAGUCUGAAGACCACCUCCUCCUCCUCCAAAGUCUCCUGUCUGUGAACGCUGCUCUACCCACAAAGAACUGGACAGAAGUCAGCGUCCGUCCGCUUUAUGAGGGUACUGUAAGAACAGCUCUGCAUCAGUUGGAGAAGACGCUCAAUGAAGAGAUGAAGAAAGUACUCAAAACUGAGCUGAAGAGGGUCCAGCAGUCGGCACUAGAUGUGACAUUUGAUCCCGAUACAGCGCAUCCCUCACUUGUGUGUCAUUAUGGAAAACGAGUCCAACAUGGUGAUGAAAACAAAAAUGUCCCAAACAAUCUGCAGAGAUUUAAUAGAUCUGCUUAUGUCUUAGCAAAGCAGAGUUUCUCUUCAGGGAGAUUUUAUUAUGAGGUGCAGGUUAGAUCAAAUACUGAAUGGACAUUAGGAGUGGCCAGAGAGUCGAUCAACAGGAAGACAUGCAUCACACUGAUUCCUCAAAAUGGGUACUGGACGAUAUGUUUGAGGAAUAAAAAUGAGUACAAAGCUCUUGCCAGCUCUGCAGUCCUUCUCUCUCUGAAGUCUGGGCCUCAGAAGGUGGGGGUGUUUGUACAUUAUGAGGAGGGUCUGGUCUCCUUUUAUGACGUUAAUGCUGCAGCUCUUAUCUACUCCUUUACUGGCUGCUGCUUCACUGAGAAACUCUAUCCAUUCUUUGGCCCUAGUACUAAAUAUGACGGUAAAACAUCUACUCCUCUGGUCAUCACUACUGUCUAGCGGUGUAAUGGUAUGAAAAAAAAGACACGGUUUGGUAUGUUUAUUGGUUUUGUGUUACAGUCUUUUUUUUGGUGCAGCAAGGAAAACAAAAAUAAUGACAACAAUAAUUUAUUCAUUCAUUAUCUUUAACUAGUCAUCCGCACUCUGGUCAAGGGGGGUUGGAGCCAAUCCCAGCUGACAUUGGGCAAGAGGCGGGAAACACCCUGGACAGGUCAAUAGACAAUCAGAGGGCUGACACAUAGAGACAGACAACCAUUCAUGCUCAUAUUCACUCCUACAGGCAAUUCAAAUGGGUCAAUUUGCGCUGCCGAAACCUACCAUGUGACCUGGGCUCCAGAAUUUCUGUACCACAUCUCGUAGUGGACAUAAAGAGUCACUUAAUACAUUUUUUAAUCACAAUACCACUAAAUGUGAAAUAUCAAUAUGUCCCUACUCUUGUCAGCAACACUGAGCAGAACAACCAUUUGAUUUCCUACUAUUUGUCAUUUAAUGCAAAGGAAAUGUAAAUAUUAAGCAUAUUCUGUGUAUUUUUUGUUUUCAUCAGAUGCUGAUUAAUAAUGUGCUGUUUUCAUUUUUUCAUUUUAAUGUUUUGAUAUUACUCCAUAUACAGUUAGUCUUUGUUCUGUGUUACAUGUAGUCUGGGCUUUUCAUUCUUUUUAGUUUUUCUUAAGAUUUAAUAAGUAACAUUCCCAUAUAUCACCCUCUUUAUGUCCUUUCACCUCAUACAGUCUAAUAUUAAGUAAAGACAAGUUUCUCUUCCAUGAUAUUUUUAAAUCAGUAAUCCCACCAUCACCAUUCCACCUGAUAUUUAUUGGAUUAAUAGAUUGGCACUGUGUCUUUGUGUUGUCUGAAGUAUCUCUGGGACAAUACCACUUUUAGACAGUAAAUGACAGAAAGCACACUCUAAUUUGACUCAAAGCCUCAAAAGACAAAACUAUUAUGUUGACACAAGAAACUUUAAAAACAAACUAAUUGAGAGGCGAUCGAUCAACAAGUCAGUAAUUUCUACAGCAAGUAAUGAAAUAAAUAUAAACAUCAUAGAAAAACAAGAAAUUGUCACUUGCUGAUUAUGAUAAUGUCUUUUUUCUUGUAAAUAAUGUCUAUACUGUUUUAUUAACUCAUUAUUAAUCUAUUAAAACCAUUGCCAUAAAUGUGACUCUGUUUCUAUUCAG